AUGUGUAUGGAUGAAAUAUUAUUAUGUGUUUAUAAAGCACAACUUGACAGUGAUCAGACUCGUCUUCUCUUUAAUCCUCCUUGUCAACUACACGUGCAAAUGAUUCAACUCAUUUCACCCAAUCCCAAUAAUGUUGAUUCCAUAGAUAUCCCAAAACCACAAAACUGUUUUUUCUUAUACCGUAAAAAUUAUAAUGCAAAACAUAAAUCUCUUGAGAGUAAAAAGGAUUGGAAAACUCUCUCAAAGGAAGCUGGAAAUUCCUGGAAGAAUGAAUCGGACGAAGUAAAACGUUACUUUAAAAUAUUAGCAAUGUUGGCUUUUGAAAAACAUAAAUUGAUUUAUGAAAGUAUCGUUCAACUACCAAAAAGUUAUAUCUUUAUUUCUCAAGGAUCGGAAUCACAACAAGAAACCAAUGAUAAUAAUGCCAAUUAUGUAGAUUCAUCAUCGUAUCACUUACACACAAACUAUAAUACAAGCUCGUUUUAUCAACAACAAGAACUAUUACAAGAAGAAAUGGAUGAUAACGAUAAUAGCAAUUUUGCGGUUUCAACACUAUCUUAUACACACCCUUUUUUUUCUUCUUUUAUAAGCAAUAACCCAAGUUCAUUAUCUUACACUUCUUUUAAUCCUUCCACUUCUUUUCUUUCGUAUUCUACUUUUAAUCCUCUUCCUAUUAAUGAUGACAACUUCAUCAAUAAUACUAACGCUUCACCUCAACCCGCCAAAUUUAACACUACUAUGGAUUUAAAUUAUGAUGAAAUACUCUCAAAAGGAUCUGAAUGUUUACCAGAUAAACAAAUGAACAAACGAUUUAAAUUUAAGAGUGUCAAUUUCUAG